CAGUAUGCAAAGCGCUGAUGCUACGUCACUGCCUACGUGUUCGGUUAGUGACAGGAACACAGGAGCAAGAAGCAGCAAGUCUGGAGUUUUCCGUAUUAAAAAGCGAUCUAGGAAGUUCGGUGGUUCUGCUAUAUUUGCAGCGCAAUGUUGCCGACCAGCUCCUACUCGCCACUAAGCCAGGACAACGGCAGUCUGAACAGCCGGGACGCCGCGCGCCACACGGCUGGCGCUAAGCGCUACAAGUACCUGCGGCGUCUGUUUCGCUUCCGGCAGAUGGACUUCGAGUUCGCGGCAUGGCAGAUGCUCUACCUGUUCACCUCCCCGCAGAGGGUCUACCGAAACUUCCACUACAGGAAACAGACCAAGGACCAGUGGGCCCGAGAUGACCCCGCCUUCCUAGUCCUGCUCAGUAUAUGGCUGUGUGUGUCCACGGUGGGCUUUGGCUUCGUGCUGGACAUGGGCAUCCUGGAGACCCUGAAGCUGCUGCUCUGGGUGGUCUUCAUCGACUGCAUCGGCGUGGGGCUGCUCAUCUCCACCCUCAUGUGGGUGGUAACGAAUAAGUACCUGAUGAAGCAGCCGUGCAAGGACUACGAUGUGGAGUGGGGCUACGCCUUCGACGUGCACCUCAACGCCUUCUACCCGCUGCUGGUCAUCCUGCACUUCCUGCAGCUCUUCUUCAUCAACCACAUAGUGGCCAUAAGUGCAGACUGGUUCGUGGGGUACUUUGUGGGGAACACACUGUGGCUGAUUGCCAUUGGCUACUACGUCUACAUCACCUUCCUGGGCUACAAUGCACUGCCCUUCCUGAAGAACACAGUGGUGCUGUUGUACCCCUUUGCGCUGCUGGCCCUGCUCUACGUCCUGUCACUGUGCCUGGGGUGGAACUUCACCAGCGGCCUGUGCUGGUUCUACAAGUACCGCGUGCAGUAGGGAGCCUGGGGCCCGGGGGCCGGGCGCCGGGGGCCCGGGGGGGUCUGUGUCUGACGGACUGACCCAGUCCCCCCUGCUGAAGGGACGGUGUGACUGCACUCUUCCACAGGGCCCUGGGUCCUGCCCGGGGCCUGUCUGUGGAGAGCUGAGAAGGGUUUGCUUUUCCUCUUUUGUACAUACAUGCUUGUACAUACCAUUCUCACUGUAGAUAUCAAAACUUUGGAUUGCUCAAAAAGGUGUAUUAUUAUUAUUUUUAUUUUUUUUUCCUUUGGUUUUUCAUAUCUUUUUGAUAUGACCGAUGCUCUGAGUUUAA